AUGGAGACCUCUGCUCAGGACCCUCCAUCCAGCACGGGGCUCUUAACCCAGCCUGCCACUGACAAGUCCACAGGGGAACCACCACUACCCAGCCUGCCACUGCCCAGUCCCACAGUUCCACCCCAAGGAGGCCCUCAUAGCAAGGGCUGGGCUGGGCCCCAGGCUACAGCCAGCAGGGCCCUCAGGCCCCCAGCUCGUGGAACCCUCAGCUGCAACCCCAGCCUGGACCACCCAGGAAUCCCAUCUUCCUUCAUGCAAACCACCCUCCAUGAGGCGGAAGGCACUCACUUCCUGAGGCCCACGCUGGUGGACCGGAACAGCUGGGCCCCGACUUCCCGCGGCUCCAUCAACGACAAUGACAAGAAGCGAGCCUGCAGCGAUGUCAUCCAAACUUUCACUUCCGGCAGGAGAGGGCAAGGCAGCCCCCCUGGUGCUCCGGGAUCCCACGGCCACUACGUGCAGCCAGGGCCACAGGAGCUCUCCAUGUUCCUGAGACCAAAUGAUAAAGCUGUGUCCAAGGGCACAUUCUGGAAAGUUCUAUGCUGGCAUUACCAGCAAAAAGAACACACAAGCACCCAGUUCCAAGGCCACCCCGACCGCACUGGGACCAUCCGGGGGAAUGUGUUUGAGAUAUCAGGUACCAGGCUACUUCAGGUGACAGCCCAGGCCCAGGUGACAGUCCCAGAUGGUGCUUACGUCUGCGUGUCCAACUCAGAGAACGCCUAUCUUGGCCUUGUUGACUCAGGCCCCGCCACCGCCACCACACAGCCGUCCCGGGAGGCCACAGCUCAGACCAGGAUGAAGGGCGGGUUUCUAGGAAGCCCUUUGAACACCUCAUCCAAAAGCAAGGCGGCAGAACCAGGGCAGGAGUUGGAGUUUGCCACCUCCAGUGACGCUUCCAGGGCACUCCCUCUGCAAGGAGGCAGUGGGCCUGCAGAAGAUCGCCCCGCAAUGCCUGGCUUAGUCCUCACCCGGGUGGCAGCGAAGACUAUGACCACGCACACUGCCCAGGUGGCCGAGAACGAACGAGACGGCGAAGAGUACUUCCCUGCUAUGAAGCUCGACCACCUGGAGAACUCAGCCCCCAGAAGGUUGCACAGCGCAAGUGGAACGCCACUGAAGGCCAAGCAGGGCCUGUGCCCCACAUACUUUCAGAAGGUGAUCGCCAGGCCUUUCCUCCUCGUCUCUCUGGGUAUGGAAGCUCUGCUGAUACAAGUGCAGCAGCACCGCCACAGCCCGGCCUCGACCGACCUCCAGGAGGUGGCUGUGCACGAGGCAACAACUGGUCAAGCUGAUCAAGAGCAGGAGAGCCUGGAGCUUGGGACCCACCUGUCCAGCGCCAUAUUAGACAGGACUAGCUGCCCCACCACUAUGACUCCAAGGCAGUGGGAGGAAGGGCUGCCGGCGGCGACCUUGGGCAGUUCAGAACCAGCAGAAGAUGGACAAUCUCAUGCUGAGCUUUCAAGGACUGUGCUAAAAAUAAGUUUAAAAUAA